AUGUCCACCGAGUCUCUCAACGACACCAUGAACUUGGUUAGACAUCUGGCCAGCCAUCUCGCAGCUGAACCAAACCUUCCGAGCGUGAGAGAGCUUACUCGUGGUGAAGUCGACGCUUGGAUCAGAGCCUUGGAUGUCGAUAUCGAGCCUAGAGCAGUCGACUUCUUGAGUGUUCCUGUCUUGGAACUCUUGCUGCACAAACAAAAUCUCGGCAUUUGGGACAACCCUAGAUGUUUGGCGCGCGCUCCUAUCGCUAACUUUAACCCCGUUGCCGUAAACCCUUGGAACCCUGAUGCCACUUUUUACAUCGAUCACGUUGUUAAGAGUGGUGGUUCCCCAUUGGAUGCAUCUGUGGCGGCCGGUGUAGAAAUCAUUACCAUCGAGGAUGAUGCUUCCGAAGAUGACAGUGAUGAUGAGUCCAUGACAGACUUCAACCCUGGAGAAACUGCCAGAACCAGUAUCAGAGAUGCUGCCGAGGCAGAAGUUUCAGAGCAGAACAUCAAUGAUGAUGGCAACAGCGGGCCGGAGGACACCGAGGGAGAAAUCACCGUACGUGGAAGUGCUGAAAAGGCCUACCAUGCACUCAAGAAACCUGAGCGCAACCGUCGCCAGACCAACUCACGCCAGGAUGAAAUCGAUGAUGACGAGGGCGAUGAUGAAGACCUAGAUGGGGAAACCGCCAUCGACGAAGCUGAAGACCCGGCCGAAAUAUCCAUGCAGCAAGAGCCCGAACCUCAAGACCCUGAAAACGCCGACUCGUCAUCCACUGCCGAGGAAUCCGACGAUGACUAUCCCGACCGCGAGCUCUGGUGUCAUUGCAACAUGCCUCAAGACGAACGUUCCAUGGUCGAGUGCAACAACCACAAAGAUGUCGAUUGCAAGGGCAAGUGGUACCACAUUUCAUGUGCCGGCCUAUCAAGAGUCCCUCCCGAGAAAUCGGACUGGUAUUGUAGAGAUUGUCGCAAGAAGCGCAAUCGUGGCUUGUACACCAAUGGUAUCGUGGGUUGAGCAGCUGGGAGGAGUGAUUGCUCUGGCCUGAAAGGUCAAACACUACUUCUUGUGUAUGGCAAAGAGAUGGAUCUAUGAGUCUGGGCGGCCGUCAAGGUGGAAGAGAAUGAUCAGAAAGAGAAUGUAUGAAAGGCUCGACUGAUGCAUUAGACUUACCCAUCUGAGUCGCCCCUUGCUAUCCUAGAAGACGUCAGUUGUAGCAUACUCUUUUCAUCAUUCUAUCUGAACGCAGAUAGAUUGAUAAGCUUUCUUUCUCCUGUC